CGCGCUCAUUUUAAUUAGUCUACUUCAGCCACUUGAUGUGUUAACAUGUAUUUUUUGCAAAUAAAAUUUCUUUUUAAAAACUGAGUUUUAAUGAACGUGAACGUGUUUGGCGCCCGAACAGGGACCCUGAAGAGUCUUUCGUGAAAAUUGUGCUGUUCAUUUAACCGCCAGUUUAUAUUGAUCAAUUAUCAAUCACAAGUGAUUGCGGAAAAUUCGAAAGUCGGGGUCGCAACUGAUAUGAACCAUCAUCGAGACCGUCAAGUGGAAGAGUGACUCAUCAACACCAACAACCAACAACCACCAUCCUGGGGAAGAAAGGCAAGAAGGAUAGCAGACCAGACCAUAAAUUUCUUAUCGAUUACCGGCCAAGGUUAAGAUCGUACCAGGCUCUGGCUGCAGCUGUAUCCAACUCCACAGUUCAAGGCAAUUUGGAGGUACGUCAUGACCCACGACCUUUUGGCUGUAUGUCGUGCCGACAUAGACAACAUGAAAGUCAUAAAAAUGGUAAUGGCUUUGCCACACCUGCCAGCACAGAGAGGACCUCCUCACAGCGACCGAGUUCCUCCCUUCUCAAUAGUUGAUGGCCUAAAUGCAAUCAUAGAUUACAUUAAUGAGGGAGAGAUGGAUGCUCGGUUGCAGAACUUAACAGCUUAUGUGAGGAGAUUCUGGGUGGGUGUGAUUGGCGUGGAGUCAUUGUCUACUUUUGGUUGCGCCAGGAGGACCAACAAUGACCUCGAAUCAUUCCACGCCCAACUUCUCUGUGCGUUUGGCGUGAAUCUCGACAUAUGGAGCUUCAUAAGAAGGCUCCAGUUAAUAGAGAGAACCUCCUAUGACAAUCUCAUUAGAGUACAUAGAGAGAUUGCGGUCAACCGACCGAAAAAAGACAAAGUUACUCGCGAUGUCAAGAAGGCGAUCCGUCGUCUUAUAAACGGCGAGAUCACAAUAAUACACUUUCUGAGUGCAGUGGCUCAUGGUGCCGACAACAUUGUCAAUAGGCCACUGCCUCAGAAUGAGUGGUUCCUUCUUGACAUCGCUGGAGAGGAAGAAGUAAUGUGAGAAGGUUGACCGUAUCUCCAGAAGAGGUUGUAAAUAUUAGGUAGAUAGGAAAUAUUAUUAGGAUAGAUCUGUAAAUAUUAAUGUAUUAAUAUAUAAAUAAAUAAAUUGCAACUUGAAAAUUAUGUAGAA